GACAGGACGGGGGGAGGGGGCGGCGGCUUCUCUGGAGACUGAGCUCGAGCCCGGACCAUCACACCGCGGAGCUAUGACUGGAUGACGGCUCUGCAUCUCUGGACUCCGCCGGACCGCACCGUACUGCGCCGUAUUCCUCAGCACAUGUUCACACUGUGCACCAUGGGGGAUGCCGGGACCUGCUUUGGGAUGGUAGUCUGACUGAAUUCUCAUCCCCCUUCUCUAUUGCACAUCCCAAGAUCUGUCAUGGCCAAGCUUCCCCCAGGAGCAGGAUCUGCCGCGGACCUGGACAAGAUCCCAGACGAGGAGCUCCUCAGGUGGAGUAAGGAGGACCUGAUCAAGAUGGUGAGGAGAGUGGAGCUGGAGAAGAUGAGUGUGAUGGUGGAGCAUGGCAACCUGAUGAAGGAUGUGAACAGGAGGCUGCAGCUUCAUCUCCAUGAGAUCCGGGGGCUGAAGGAGGUCAAUCAGAAGCUGCAGAAUGACAACCAGGAGCUCAGGGAACUCUGCUGCUUCCUGGAUGAUGAUCGGCAGAAGGGCAAGAAGCUGUCCAGGGAAUGGCAGAGGUUUGGGAGGCACACCGCCAGUGCCAUGUGGAAGGAUGUGGGGUCCUACCAGCAAAAACUCAAGGACCUGGAGACCAAGCAGGAGGCACUGAUCAGGGACAACUUGGAGCUCAAGGAGAUAGUCCUCAUGUUGGAUGAGGAGAGGAAUGGCGCUGGUUCUAGGAGCUCCAUCGAUAGCCAAAACAGUUUGACCAACCUCAAUGGGGGCUCUGGGGCAAGGGAUGUAGGGGAUGGCAGCAGUACGUCCAGUACCGGCAGCGCGGGCAGUCCAGAUCACCAUCACCACAACCCCCAUCAUCCUCCUCCUCAUCAUCAUCACCCCCCCAAACCGGUGGAGAAUAAAGGGGGCACCAUCAGGAGAUCAGCAGAUGACCUCUCCACCCUACCGCACCAUAGAAGUAUUCCUAAUGGGCUGAAUGAUACAUCUUCCAACUAUAUCCGCCAACUAGAGACCAAAGUGAAGCUCCUGGAAGACGACAAUAAACUUCUGUCUCAGCAUUCCAGCCACAGCGAGUUAAGGACAUUACGGAAAGGCUUAUCGCCGUACCACUCAGAAUCGCAGCUGUCAUCGCUUUCUCAGUACCCGGAGCCCCUGCAGAACGGUACUGCCCGGAUAACAUCUGAUCCCUCAUCCACUCCCCCUGCUGGAUAUAUCCCGGUAGUGCAGAAGCCGGAAGCCGUGGUGCAUGCUAUGAAGGUUCUAGAAGUCCAUGAAAACCUAGACAGACAACCUCCGGACAGCUAUGAGGAAGACCUGAGCGAGAAGGAGAAGGCCAUUGUACGAGAAAUGUGCAACGUUGUUUGGAGAAAGUUGGGUGACGCGGCGAACUCCAAGCCUUCCAUCCGGCAGCAUCUUUCGGGAAACCAGUUCAAGGGACCCUUGUAAGACGCCGUGUUCGGAGCUGAAGGAGUCAGAGGCACUUGAAAUAAAGAACUGCUGUAUAUAUAAGGCGACCGGAGGUCAACCCAGAAGCUGGAGACGCAAUACUUUGUAUAUAGAAGACUUUGUAUACAAACACUAGAUACAUAGAAGGGAACGAUAUCCCCCCUCCCCCCCAUAUCGACUGUCUCCUAUAUAGACCCAUGCACGUCCUGCAAUAGACCACUAUGGGGGGGGGCUCCUCAUCCUAUGGCACCUUGGUUAACGGACUACAACUCCCAGCAGUGACCAUAGGUUGGGCAACCACUUAGACCCAUUAGUAGAACACACUGGAAUUAUAAUUUUUGUAACAUUUAUAAUUUUUAUUUAAUGGGAAUAAGAACAAAAUUUUAGGAUAUUUUUGUAUAGAACCCGAGGCCCGGCCCCGCUCCCCCGCGCGUUUUAUGAACUUUCUAUCGGACGAUCAUUGUAGCUGCUUCAUUGAUUUCUAUUCUGAUCAAUCUUUGUAUUAUCGGGGGACAAAAAAAAAAGUGAAAACUUUUCAGGAACUUGUAGAUUUUUACCCGAUUUCUUUUUAUUUUUCUCCUCCUCCUGCUGUAUAUAAAGUGGACGGAUCUCUAUUUUGUUACAAUGUAUUAGAUUAUGUAGAGGUUGACAGAGAAUAUAUUCGGUUUAUGUCGGCAUAUAAAAACUCCCCAUGUAUAUAUGAACGGUCGCGGUU